AUGAUGAAUCAGUCAAAACGGGAACGAAGACAAAACAGGGAUCAAGAAGGAAGAAAAAACUUCAUUGAAUUAGGCACAAGCAAUGACUACUGGUCCUGGUGGGCACAGGAGUCGGCUGUCCAUUAUUUGAACCCAAAUCAAUCGGCUCCCCAACAACCAUGUUCUACAAACUUUCGAUAUUAUGGAACAUCUAAUCAACCUCAACAACCAAGAUCAGCAUCAUAUCGGCAGCAAAAUAGCACACGUACUGGUGUUCAUACUGAACAACGUCCGCAUUCGGAUCAAAACAGGGUUCGUCAAAAUCCACGGCCUACAAAAGGAGAAAAAAUACCUAAUGAUCCAAACCAAAGAAAUGAGUGUCGUUUGCCUCAACAGAAAACGCAAAAUAAUGUAAGUGUGAUCGCUAGUCAACAAACAAGCAAUGCACAUUUAAUAGUUUUGAAGAGUAUUUUUGAUAAAAUUAUUAUCAAACAGUUCUUAUCCAAAACUAGUAUUGAAGAAGGACUACGUAUAUAUAAUCAAUUACGAGAUAUCAUUGUUUCCAAGAAGCCAGACGCUCAAGUAACUUUGUAUGGAUCAUUCUAUUUUGCUUGUUGUUCAAAUGAUUCACCUAUGAUGGAUGUUGAUGUUACAGUCAAUACACUCCUACCUUAUAAUACUAUAACACAAGUAUUUGAAAUCAUUCGGAAUUCGGAUACUUAUCAAGAAAUGCGUUUAAAUACAGAUUAUGAUCCAUUAUGUAUUGAUUUGAUCGUGCCCAAGACGAAUAUCCGCAUACGAGUGACAUCAGAUAACAAGAGAAGAAUUUUUUCAUCUGAAAUAGUUCGUCUCUAUACAAGAUUCGAUCCUCGUGUACUUCCGUUACUUCGACUCAUUCGAUUUUUUGCUAAGAUAUGCUCUCUGGAUAGACCUGAUUUGGGCACUCUUCAUCCAAUGGUUUUUCAUCUUAUGUUAAUUCAUUUUUUGCAACAAAUUGAAGAACCAGUUCUACCUUGUCUUCAUGAAUAUGUAUUUGGGAUUGAUAAUGCACUUGUAACAUUAAGUGAUGAUCAAUAUAGUUAUACAAUCAAAUUGAAUUCUUCAUUUCGAUAUUUUCGACGAGUAUUCGAACAGACACUGACAUACUUCUGUCAAAAGGAUCCAAGAGAAUUAGAACAACAAAAUUCGAUAAUUAAAGAAGUGCAUCGAUCAUGUAAAUCUUUAUUUGCUACAGUAUUACUUAAAGUUCCACGCAAGGCAAACUGUACACAAGAUGAUCUACGGCAAGCAUACAAACAUACAUUUGAUAAUAGAAUGGAGGCAUUGCCAGAACCAAAACUUGUACCAAAUGAAAAAAAUCUGUUAUCCAUAAUGGACGAAACAGCUGAGGAUACAGAUGAUCUUGAAGAAACAUAUCAAGAUGAUUUAGACACAGAUUGUGAGAUUAACAAUGAAACUGGAACCAACUUUAGUGAAUCAUUUGAUAAUACUAUCAACGAUCAUGAAAUAGAAAUGCAAGAGCAAGAUACGACUGUAGUUAAGACUGCUAGCUCAAAUGAAUUAGAAGCUGAAGGCAUAUUAAUUAUCGGCAAGAGUCAAUCUUCAGACAAAGAAACCAAUGAACAACCGAUCUCGUUCGAGUUACUCGUUGAAAAUCUCAACGAAGAGCAAAAACAUAUUGUAAGACUAGAAUAUCAAAGACAAGAGCAAGGUAAAUCGACUAAGGAAAGUAUCAAAACACGUGAAAACAUUAUCAAUUAUCUUGAAAUUGAAUUUCGAAAAAUGUAUCCCAACUGUCGUAUGCGAGGAUAUGGUUCAUUCUACAAUGGAUUCAAUUUUCAUCAAAGUGAUCUCGAUGUUUGCAUUCUAUUGGAACUGAACGUUUGUAUUUUUGCUUGUGAUAAUUUUUAUCAAUGA